GCGUAGAGUGGGACUCCCCGGAUGACCUUGCUGCUGAGCCCCGAGCACAAACACAACACCGUCCAGAGACACUAUGACGACUCCAAGUUUGCCAGCAAUGGCUGUAUUGCCCAGGUCGGGAUUCUCGUUAUCAAAAGAGCACUUGGUGGUGGCGGUGCCGGUCGCAGUGGUCGCAGCCGUGGGAGGUUUCCUGGUCAGCCACUACCUGAGCGGGCGGAGCUGUAAAAAGGGCAUGGUGAACACAUGCAUCAGCAAAGAUAGCCCCAAAGUGGUCCACAGCUUCGACAUGGAGGACAUCGGCACCAAGGCCGUGUACUGCCGCUGCUGGAAGUCAAAGAAGUUCCCGUACUGCGACGGAGCCCACGCCAAACACAACGACGAAACCGGGGACAACGUCGGACCGCUCAUUAUCAAAAAGAAGGACGCCUAAGCCACCCGGUCGAGGAAUCUCCCUCAACUUCUCUCAUGCACCCGGCCCCAGUUUGUCCAAUCAUUUAUCAUCAUCAUCAUAAUCAUCAACAUCACCACAGUGUCAACACCGACGGUUAAAGUUUGACGCUGUGGAAACCAUAUCAAACAGCGGAGAUUCUUCAUAGCCCAGAACAGAAACCCAGAGAGGGCUGAAAAUGUGUUUGAAUUUAGAGCUCACGCCAGUUUCUACAUUAGCCGUCAUGACGUAGAAAUCAAAGGUCAUUCGAGCGGAGAUAAGGAAGGGACUUUGACAAUCGGCACAGCCAGACAUGGAGGUGGCUCAAUGUGAAGCGUUUAGAUCAAAUUCUCACCGGACCUGGUGGAAGUUAAAUAUUUUACCUUCCCGUCUGGUGUCACCUGUGUUUCCCCCCCCCUUCCUUCUCUACCCCCAUGGGUGAGGAGCAGGUGGUUGAGACGUAAUUACUAGCAGCUCUUUGCUUCAGUCGGCCCAAUAUUUCAUUUGGAUUCAGCGAAGGCCUUAUAUUUAAAUCUACAGCCCACGUCCCAGAGUCUGAACCUACACAGCCCAUAUGAAUGUUACGUGUUGUGAUUUUUGCACCAAGAGCUGCUUAGUCCGAGAAAAACAGAAGUUCUGUUUUUUUCUUUCAAUGAAAUAAUACGUGUUGAAAAUCUAUCUGCUGUUCGUGACCCGUUAAUGUCUGCUAUCUGAGGAAACUUGUAUUUAAUCUGUAAAGUGUUUAAAAACUCUGCAUACAAAUGAUAUAUUUUGCUUUUUUCUUUAGAUUUGUUUUCUACUGGCUGCCGUGUGUCUGACUCGAUCCGUUGUUCUGUACAUUGUGAAUAAAACUCAUCGAGCAAUCUGA